AUGUCUCCCCUACAGCCGGCCUUUGCUACCCCAUGCCCAAAAUCAUGUUUUUCUUCUUUCACCCCUUCAAGACUUGCCUCCCGAACGGCGCAAAUGCCAUGCCCACACUCUCCCCGUCGUCGCCCCAGCCUGCACCUCCCAUUCGUCGCUCGCUCCACCACCGCACUUCACGAGGACCCUCUCCAGGAAGACGCCUACCUUGAUACGCCUCCCGUCAAGCGGGCCACCUCCACCCUCCCCAUUGUCGCCGUCGUGGGCCGCCCCAACGUCGGUAAAUCCACGCUCGUGAACCGCAUAGCCGGCGCGUUCCAUGACGGCUCCAUCGUCGAAAACGUUGUCGGCAUCACCCGCGAUCGCACUUACCGCCCCGGAGUAUGGAACGGGCGCAACUUCCAGGUUGUCGACACGGGCGGUUUGGUCUUCGAUGACCAGUCAACCUUUAUGCCAGAGAUACGCACCCAGGCUCUCAUCGCUAUCCGCGAAGCCGUCGUUGUGGUGCUUUGUGUAGACGGAAGGGAGGGCGUGAAUCCGCUUGAUCUCGAGCUCGCCUCAUUUCUACGGCGCGAGACCAAGAAGUCGUCCGUGUUUGUCGCAGUGAACAAGUGCGAGAGCGAUGCGGGAUUUUCGCAAGCGGCCGAGUUUUGGUCGCUUGGGUUGGGCGAGCCGUACCCAGUUAGCGCAAUACAUGGCAGCGGCACAGGAGACCUGAUGGAUAUGGUUGUCGAGCCAUUGCCGCCUAUUGAAGGAGAGAUUGAGGAGGAUGUUGUUAAUAUUGCGAUUGUGGGCCGUCCGAAUGUCGGAAAGAGCAGCCUGCUUAAUCUCAUGACAGGGGAAAACAGGGCAAUUGUUAGCGAGAUUCCGGGCACGACGCGCGAUGCGGUGGAUGAAAUAAUCACCGUGAAUGGCAAGCAAUAUCGGCUAAUUGAUACCGCGGGUAUUCGACGAAGGACAGCGGUUACUUUUGGGACUGAGUUUUUCAUGAUCAACCGAGCGUUUAAGGCCAUUCGGAGAGCGGAUGUGGUGUUGCUCAUGCUCGACGUAUCUGAGGCCAGCGAACAGGACAGGAAAAUUGCAGAUCGCAUCGCCGCGGAAGGGAAGGGGUGCAUCGUGCUGGCUAACAAAUGGGACCUUAUCACAGAAAAGGACAACAGGAGUUACAUUAAUGCCGUCGGAGAUGUCAAAGACCGAACCGUCUGUAUACCGUGGGCGCCCGUAGAACUCGUGUCUGUCUUGGAGAAAAAGCGCAUCGGCAAGAUUAUUGGGCUCGUCGAAGAAGCAUUGGAACAACAUCGACGCAGGGUGUCCACAGCUGUGUUGAACGAGAUUUUACGUGAGGCUGUUGAAUGGCAUAAACCACCGGCGACGAAAACCGCGAGACAAGGCCGCAUUUACUAUUGCACGCAAGUCGCGAGUCGGCCUCCAACUAUAGCGAUGUUUGUGAAUGAGCCCAGACUUUUCCAUGAAAACUACCGGCGCUACAUGGAAGGCCAGUUCCGGAAGUCCCUUGGAUUUCAGGGAACACCGAUCAGACUCGUCUGGCGGGGAAAGUCCAGACCACCAGCCCUGACCUAGGAAUAAUUUGUCUUUAGUCGUUAACGAGGUGUUUUGUGUCUGUGUGCUGUGGGCCAAAAAGGUGCACUGUGCUUCACCUCACGUUAAGGUGCGCAAACACCGUUCGUGGUGCAAAUUGGGGUUGAAGGAGCCGACAUCUGGGAAUAAAUGAUAUCAAAUGACUGACUAGGUUUGUUUCAAUGCCCGCA